GGGAGAGCGGAUAUAGUGAAUGCGGGGUCCGGGGGAGAGCGGAUAUAGUGAAUGCGGGGUCGGGAAGAGAGGAUAUAGUGAAUGCGGGGGUCGGGGGAGAGCAAGAUAUAGUGAAUGCAGGGUCGUGGAGAGCGGAUAUAGUGAAUGCGAGGGGUCCCGGGGAGAGCGGAUAUAGAGAUUGCGGGGUUUCAGGUGGAGAGCGGAUAUAGAGAAUGCGGGGUUUUUCGGUCCGGAGAGCGGAUAUAGAGGAAUGCGGGGUUCGGGUAGAGAGGAUAUAGUGAAUGCAGGGUUCAUGGGGAGAACCGGAUAUAGAAGAGAUGACGGGUCCGUGGAGAGAUCGGAUAUAGUGAAUGCGGGGUGAGAGGAUAUAGUGAUUGCGGGGUCUGGGG